AUGGACCAGUUCCCUCGCUUGCAGGAACUGCUCUUCCUAAAGGCUAUCGACACCUGCUCUGUCACAGUCAUGGAACGGAGGCUUGUAAAGCAGGAGGUGAAAAGGCUGUUGGGAGAGUAUAUUGGAAUCAGACUUCGGGAAAACGAAUUUGAUCCGAAAGGAAGAGGUCAACUCACCUUUCUAGAUGAUAUGGCCCACUAUGACUUGGCCAUCAGUGUUGCUUGUCAAUGGCUGGACCACCCAGAAGAUUUAACUUGGCUCCAGUGGGAGAACGUGAGAGCACCACCUCAUGGCAGACCCAUGUAUCCAAACCGAAGAGAGCGAGAAGCCAUGAUCUUAUCAUCCUAUGCGGGAGUUUUAAUGAACAGUAUCCCCAUUGAGGAAGUCCUUAAAAUUUAUGGGGCCAAUUCUUCUGCCAGUCCUGAUUCUACCAAGGUCUCCCAGGCUCUGCUGCCCCGCCGCUCACUGCACCCUUUCGCCAUGUUGACAGCACCCAAAGCAGCAGAGUGCAACCGCAGACAGAGUGUCAAGUUGAAGAGAGGAACGAUGAAUAAAAAAGCCACUGGUAGCUCUACAAAGAAAGCAAUGGCACAGGAUGGAAAUCCUGCCAGGAAAGGUGCUCAUUCACACAGCCCAAGAACAAAUAUCUCCCCAACUCCUGCCCUUUCUUCUUCCCUGUCCAUCUACUAAACUGUUAUGCAGAAGAACUUAAUGACAAGUCAGAGAUGGAUGGGGCAGGAGGGAAAGUAGAAAGAUGUUGAAAAU